UGAUAAUGCAAAUCGCCAUCCUUCCAAAACUUAAAAAUACCCAAAAUAACCUCAAAACCCUGCUUCCCACCACCGCCGUCGCCGCCGACCCCGGCUUGAGGUUCCGACAGAAGGUACGAUACCUCCAAUUCCUGAGAGUAAAUCCCACAAAAGCCCUCCACAAAAAUCCUAAUCUCCGUUCUGCCCCUAUUUCCACUCUCCUCUCCGUCACCCAAUGCCUCUCAUCCAUGGGCGUCGAGCUCGCCUCUGCCGGCCGCAUUCUCGACAUGUACCCGCAGCUUCUCACCGCCGAUCCUUACGCGGAUAUAUACCCAAUUUUCGAUUUUCUAAUCAACGUUGUCCGAAUUCCAUUUCCCGAUAUCAGGAAGGCGAUAAUUCGUUGCCCUAGGCUCCUUGUUUCCGAUCCGGAUACUCAAUUGAGACCGGCGUUUCAAUUCCUGACUGAAUUGGGGUUUUCGGGAUCAAAUGAAUUGACCGCUCAGACCACGAUGUUGCUGGUUUCUAGCGUCGAGUUUACUUUGAAGCCCAAGAUUGAUUUUUUGGUGGGGCUAGGGUUUGCGUAUGAUGAAGUAAGGAAUAUGGUGCUGAGGUCGCCGGGGCUGUUGACAUUUAGUGUGGAGAGUAAUUACGUGCCCAAGGUGGAGUAUUUCUUGAAGGAAAUGAAUGGGGAUUUGGUGGAAAUUAAGCGUUUUCCGCAGUAUUUUUCGUUUAGCUUGGAGAGGAAGAUUAAGCCGCGCCACAGGCUUUUGAUGGAGCAUGGAUUUUCUAUGCCGUUGUCGGAUAUGUUGAAGGUUAGUGAUGGGGAGUUCAAUGCGCUGUUGAUUGAGAGGCGACUGCAGAUGGUGGAAUCAAGAUCAUCCUAGCUUUAUGUGAUUGGAAAAUGGAGAGACUUGAUGUAGAUCAACUGAUAACUUCUGGAAAUCUUAAUAACCUUGAGUCCACUUUACUUCAUUUUUAUCCCAUUCCACAUGCUCUAGUUUCUCAUGGCAUGAUGGCAAUAGGUUCAAAUAAAUCCUUUUUCAUGUUACAAACGCAGAAUGUAAGAAUAUAUCAAGUGAUGUUGCGUACUAUCCCUCUUCAUUUUAUAAACCCUUGUUCUGAAUUGUAACAAUCCAAUUAAUUCUGAAGUUUAAAGCUCAUAAAAAUGUGGACUGAAGUUUAACUUGCCCUAAAAAAUGGAUAGUUUGUCUUAAGGCAACAGAUAAACAUAAACACCUACUAAUAAAUUCUCAAGUUAAGAAUCUUUGAUAGUAUUUAGUGUUUUGGUUUACACUUACUCACAUCCCAUAGUAGACUUUGGUUGUAAAAGCACCACUGUACAAAAUGCAUAAAGCUCCUUGAAAGCUUGACAUUGCCUCUUCCUCUUUAAAAUGCAUUCAGCUACAGCCCCUACAUGCUGUGAAGCUGCCUAGUCAAUACUAUAAUUGGCACAUUUCACAAUUCUGUUUGAAAAGUUUUUUUUACUCCAUAUACUAUUAUAAUGAAUGUAUUAGUUCCAAUAAAUUUGUAAAUGUGAUGUGCUUGAAGAUAAGAUGAUAGUAUAACAGAAUUCAGAAGGCUAUAAUGCUGUAAAAGAGUCAGGCUUUAUUUAUUGCUGUACAAGAUGUUUAAUCACUUUGCU